CCCAAACCCUAAAAACCCCGCGGUCCAGAGCGGAGGGCGAAUCCGAAAGAUGCGACCGAAAUCCGAUCACGCCAGUGGCGGCCGUGCCGCCACUGCGUCCGCGGCCUCCCCACCGUCGGAAUUCGACUCGAUUGACCCGAUCCUCCACCUCCUCCGCUUCCUUCCCUACGGCUUUCUCCGCCCGCCGCACCUCCGCCUGAAGCUUCCCUCCUCCUUGGCCCUGCCCUCCCCGAUGACCGUCUUCUCUCUUGUCCUCCUCACCUACUUCGCCGUUGUCUCCGGCCUCGUCUACGACGUCAUCGUGGAGCCCCCCGGGAUCGGCAGUACCCAGGAUCGAUCAACCGGCACCGUCCGCCCUGUCGUCUUCCUCCCUGGCCGCGUCAACGGCCAGUACAUCAUCGAGGGCCUCUCCUCUGGCUUCAUGUUCGUGCUUGGUGGCGUCGGCCUCAUCCUCAUGGACCUCGCCCUCGACCGCAACCGCGCCCGCAGCGUUCGUAUCUCCUUCGCCUCCUUCGGCAUCUCCGCCAUCGUCAUCGCGUACGCGAUGAGUAUGCUCUUCAUCCGCAUCAAGAUCCCCGGCUACCUCUGGUGAUCCCCGUUUCGGUAUGUCUCAAAGUUAGCAUCUUGGAUGAUGUGGACCCUUUUUCUGGAUCUAAGCUUAGUAGCUUCGAGGGUUCUUGGAGCUUUGUCCCCUUUAUCUUUCACUGAGGAAGUGCGAAAACCUUUAGGUCUGCUGUUGAAUCAGUUACUUUAAGUUCAUGGAUAAUCAUAAGUUUUUGUUCGAAUCAAAAUGGAUGCUUGUUACUUGGUCUGAUUUGACUGCAUUGUGGAAUAUGUUAUAGUUUGAACCUUUUGUUAGAUGGUAGUUUGCAAUGGUAGAUCUUGGUUUUAAUUGAUCAUUA